AUGAUUUCCGGAAUCCUCAUUUUUAAUCAAAAGGGAGAGAACCUCAUCUUCCGCGCCUUUCGAAAUGACUGCCGGCCGCGCUUUGCUGAUGUAUUUCGGAUCCAAGUCAUUUCCAACGCCCAGGUACGAUCGCCCAUCUUAACGCUGGGAUCGACGACAUUCAGCCAUGUCAAGCACGAGAACAUAUACUUGGUGGCGGUGACAAAGAGCAACGCCAAUGCGGCACUUGUUUUUGAAUUUUUAUAUCGCUUGGUCGGACUGGGAAAGAGUUACUUUGGGAAAUUUGACGAAGAGGCUGUGAAGAAUAAUUUCGUCUUGGUAUAUGAGCUUCUGGAUGAGAUUCUUGAUUUCGGAUAUCCCCAGAAUACAGAGACGGAUACGCUGAAGAUGUACAUCACCACUGAGGGUGUCAAGUCUGAGCGUGCAAUGGAGGACUCAUCCCGUAUUACGAUGCAAGCAACAGGCGCGCUCUCUUGGCGAAGAUCCGACAUUAAGUAUCGCAAGAACGAAGCGUUUGUUGAUGUCAUUGAAGACGUCAACCUGCUCAUGUCUGCCACGGGCAGCAUUCUCCGAGCGGACGUCAAUGGACAAAUAAUCAUGCGCGCUUACCUCUCUGGUACCCCGGAAUGUAAGUUCGGCCUCAAUGACCGCCUCCUUCUUGAUGGCGACAAUAUAUCCGGUCCCUCGGGAAAUCGCGCGGGUACCAAGGCCACUCGCGCCGCUGCCGGCAGUGUCACCCUCGAAGAUUGCCAGUUCCACCAAUGCGUCAAGCUCGGAAAGUUUGACACUGAUCGUAUCAUCUCAUUCAUCCCUCCCGAUGGAGAAUUCGAAUUGAUGCGUUAUCGCGCCACCGAGAAUGUCAACCUACCUUUCAAGGUCCACGCUAUCGUCAACGAAAUUGGCAAGACCAAGGUCGAAUACAGCAUCGCCAUCAAGGCCAACUACGGCAGCAAGCUUUUCGCGACCAAUGUUGUCGUGCGCGUCCCCACCCCACUCAACACUGCGCGUAUCACGGAACGCACUUCGCAAGGAAAGGCCAAGUACGAACCGGAGCACAACAAUAUUGUAUGGAAGAUUCCCCGCUUCACUGGCCAAAGCGAAUUUGUGCUGUCAGCUGAGGCGACCCUUACUUCAAUGACGAAUCAAAAGGCUUGGAGCCGACCGCCGUUGAGCCUCAACUUUUCACUUCUCAUGUUUACAAGCUCUGGCCUGCUGGUGCGGUAUCUGAAGGUCUUUGAGAAGAACAACUACAGUAGUGUCAAGUGGGUUAGAUAUAUGACUCGGGCAGGCAGCUAUGAAAUUCGGGUAAAGAUAAAUGAGCAUGGUGCUGAUGUGUUGGGCUAG